AUGGCGGAUAGUACGAGGAUGCCCAAGCCCUAUAAAUCCAGCAGAGAACCACCCCAAGAAAAAAACAGGAGAAAGGUUUCAGAAAAAGUACCAGAAAGAGAGAAAUUGAUCAUGAGCCCUAUUUCAACACUGAAGCUUCCCCUGAUAGAUCUCUCCAAGUUAGACUGCUCAAAGCCUGGGACAGGUCCAUGGGACUCCUCGCAAAGUGAAGUCCGACAAGCCCUUGAAGAAUUCGGUUGCUUCGAAGCUUUGUGUGAUAAAAUGACCUUGAAGCUUCACAAUGAUGUGUUCCAAGAACUGGAGAGAUUGUUUGAACUUCCGACUGACGUGAAGCGCCGGUUUGACGAGCCAACUAAGCCGUUGCUCGGCUACCUUGAGAAUCUUCCUCUCUACGAGGCAUUUGGAAUUGGCGACACCCCUAACUCUGGCUCGAUUGAAAGAUUAGCGGAUCUCAUGUGGCCGGAGGGAAACACAAGAUUUUGGUAA